CUGACUCCACACUGUGCUCAUCUGGCGCCAACGUUGGAGCGCAGACGCGCUUUAGCGACAAGCAAAAUGUUGUCGUUUCCACACGCCACCCGGGCCGCUACCGCCUCCUGCAGCCGGGGAGCAGCGCGUCAAGACCGAUACCACACAGAGGAUAGAGGCCGUCGCUCCACGAGCCGCAACCAGAACAGGACGCAGGCCAAACACGGCGAGGUCCUGUGCGACUUCUGCACCACCAGGAAGCAGAAGGCCGAGAAGUCUUGCUUGGUGUGCCUGGCGUCUUACUGCGAAACCCACCUCCAGUCUCACUACGACUACCCAGCGUUGAUGAAGCACAAACUGGUCAAAGCUACAGGCCAGAUGAGGGAGAAGAUUUGCGCUCAGCAUGACAAGCUGCUGGAGGCCUUUUGUCGCACCGAUCAGACAUCCGUGUGCGUUCUGUGCAUGAUGGACGAGCACAAGCACCAUGACAUUGUUCCGGCUGGAACUGAGAGGACAGAGAAACAGAAACAACUCGGCACCACGCUGCACAAAUCCCAGCACAGGAUUGACGAGAGGGUCAAAAAGUGGCAGGAUCUCCGACAAGCUGUGGAAGCUGUGAAGCACUCAGCUGAGUCGGUCCUGGAGGAAAACGAACGUAUCUUCACGGAGCUCCUGCUCUCCAUAGAGAGGAAGUACAACGAAGUCAAGGAGAUGGUGCGCUUGCAUGAGAAGACCACGGUGAACCGCGGGGAAAUUCUCCUCGACCGCUUGGAGGAAGAGAUCACCCUGCUGAGGAAGAGACACACCGACCUGGAGAAGCUAUCCCACACUGAUGACCACAUCCAUUUUUUGCAGAGCUGGCAGUCUCUGUCUGGCCCUUCGGGUUACGAGGACCUGAACAAUGUCAGCGUUGCGCCCAAUUACUCCUUCGAAGCCACCAAGAGAGCCAUCGGCGCCAUGAAAUUACAAAUGGAGGAAGUCAGCAAGAGAGAGACGACUAAAAUCUCUGCAGCAGUGAAAGAAGUCUACAUCACGCAGGAAAGCGAGAAAAAAACAAGGAAAGAAUCCUUGUUUUUCACAGAGCCAAAGAUGAUGGAAGAACCAAAGACCAGAGAGGAUUUUUUGAGAUACUCUUGCCAGCCGAUUCUGGAUGUCAACACCGUGCACCGGAACCUUCACCUCUCUGAGGGCAACCGAACCGCCACAAUGAAGAGCGAGCCUAAGAACUACCCCGAUCACCCGGAACGAUUUGACCACUGGCAGCAGGUGCUUUGCAAAGAAGGCCUGGCUGGGAGUCGCCGCUACUGGGAGGUGAGCUGGAAGGGAUCGGAAAUUGACGUGGCUGUCACAUACAGGGGCAUUUUCCGGAAAGGAAACAACAACGUGUGCAGCCUGGGCUGGAACGACAAAUCCUGGAGCCUCUACUGCACCGAGUCCAAAUUCUCCUUCGUGCACAACAACAAGACCACGGACCUACCCGUCUCGAGGUCAUCUCGCGUCGGCGUCUACUUGGACCAUGCGGCGGGGGUGCUGGCGUUUUAUAGCGUGUCCGAUGCCAUGCAGCUGCUGCACCAGGUCCGCACUACUUUUACUGAACCUGUGUACCCCGCUUUCAGCGUGUGGGGCUACAGUAGCACCAUUCGACUAUAGGAAUACACUUCAGUGGCAUCUAAAACGGGAUACACACAGCAAUUUUUAACAUCCUAACUAGUUUGACUGUGAGAGAUCCCACACAUGGGGGAAAAAAAAAUCAACCGGUGUGCUUACUGCUCUUAUGGUGUGUGGUGUACUCAAGAUGACAAACACAGCACACCACACACUACACUAGUUCUACAUUGACAAGUGGGUCUCCUCCCCAAACCAGAAGUCUGGCGUAGUACCAAGGCUGACCAGUGAGAGACAGCACACGCCACACCAGAGGAUAAUCACUCAGGAUAAUCAUUAGAGACAUCUGAGAAUCGGGCCUUUGCUGACUUGGGCUGAAAGGGAGCGAAAAGGCUCAAAUUUGUUCCAAUUGUUGUGUGUACGCCGCUUAAUUUGAUGAUUAAUAAGCAACACGAUGCUUAUGUAAUUUCUAGUUUAAAAUGCAUUUGAUGUGUCAUAGUUCCUCACACAGAGCAGGUUUUCCUGUCUGAAUUUGUGAAACGACUGCAACUUUAAUACAUAUUAUUUAAACUGACAAGUGUUCAAUGAAAUGUGGAUCAGACAUGCUGGCCCCACCAUUAAAUUCAUAAUGAUAAUUAAUCAUAAUCAUCCAUCCAUUUUCUAUUGCAAUAUCUACAGUCCUCGUUGUAGCGGCCGGGGAGCUAGAACCUAUCCCGGCUGACUUUUUGGCCAAGAAGUGGGGUACGCCCUGGAGUGGUCGCCAACCGAUCCCAGGACACAAACAGACAAACCUAUGCACAAUUUAUUUCUACUGGCCCUAACCUCAUAACUGCGAUGCUAACCACUAAACCACUUUGCUGGUUAGGGCUAAUGUGCUUUUUAAUUUCAUUAUUAAUUGCAAUAUUAGGAAUGUAGACUGCUGCACGCAAUAAAGUUUUUUUUUUUUUUUUUUAAUGUA